AGCGCAGACUAGGAGCCGGAGCUGAGUGUCGCUAAUGCUUCUCUGACACAAUAAUUAGAUGCGUUAACGUCGUCGCCUUAUUACAUAACACCAGUCCCUGAGAGCGCGCCUGCGCCUCCACCUAGAGACCAAAGCAGGAAUUGCAGGCACGACUUGCCUCUGAAUCAGCCCCUCAUCACAGAAUGAUGUGGCAGCCUUCAGUGAUGAAGAACAGCCCCCCUCACCGAGUCGUGAUGAGGUGAACCGGCGGGGAGAGAGAGAGAGAGAGAAAGAGCGAGCAAGCAUCAGCACCGACUGAGACUCAUCCCCUCGUCCCCCACGGACGCCCACACUUCCGGACUGGACCCUCUGGAGGCGGCUGGGUCAGGAUGCAUGCGUCUCCCAGUGCUGCUUGAAAUGAGGAUAAGACGACGACGGUGAAAAGGCGACGUGCUCGUUACCUUCCAUCAAACCUCCUCGCUGCAGAUCUGAACGCUGAACUGAUCAAUUAUCGGCGGCUAACUCGCCCGUCACUCACAGGGGGGAUUCAGGCUUUGGCCACACUGUCUGUCUGCCGUCAACUGUUGCUUAUUUCCUCUGUAAAUGAAUCUUGUAAGGUAUAUGAACAAUCGUGUUCCUCCUAACAAGAGAUACCAGCCCACCGAAUAUGAGCAUGCUGCCAAUUGUGCCACGCAUGCGUUAUGGAUAAUCCCCAGCCUGCUGGGAAGCUCAGUGUUGCACUUCCAGUCAGAGGACCAAUGGGAGCGGCUGUCAGCCUGGGUGUAUGGGGCGGGGCUCAGCUCGCUCUUCAUCAUCUCCACCCUCUUCCACACUGUGGCCUGGAAGAAGAGCCACCUACGGUCUGUGGAGCAGUGUUUUCACAUGUGUGACAGGAUGGUGAUCUAUUUCUUCAUCGCUGCCUCCUACGCCCCUUGGCUAAACCUGCGAGAGCUGGGUCCCUGGGCGUGUCACAUGCGCUGGUUAGUUUGGGUCAUGGCGUCUUUUGGAACCACCUACGUGUUCUUCUUCCAUGAGAGGUAUAAGCUCAUGGAGUUGAUCUGCUACACAGUGAUGGGAGUUUUUCCUGCCCUGGUCAUCCUCUCAAUGCCGGAGCAGUCCGGGUUGUGUGAGCUGCUGGUCGGCGGGGCCUGCUACUGUUUGGGGAUAGUCUUCUUCAAAAGUGACGGCAUUGUCCCAUUUGCUCAUGCUAUUUGGCACAUGUUUGUAGCUAUGGGAGCGGCCAUACAUUACUACGCCAUCUGGAAGUACCUCUACGCCCAGCCACCCAACCACCAGGUCCACACCUCCAGAUGACAUCAGCAGUGACCUCACAGGAAGUAACUCCUGUGUUUGAGCGGAUUCGAGGAGAUGAUCCUAGCUGUGUCCACAUUCAGGGGCUGCCUCAUCUUGAAGGUGGGGGGUGGAGGAGUAAACGUGCACUUUUUAGCUUGACAGAAACCAAAACUAAUGGUGCAUUCAGGUCCCUCUCAUCAGUUCGAAAUGUCAAACAUUUCCAUGUUUAUCACCAAAAAGUUGCCUUCAAGCAGCCAGUGAAUGAAUGGGUAAAACGGGUCAGACAGCAGUGUACCAGGGUAAUGAAAAUUAUCACUUUAUUUUAUCUGUAGUACUUUGUAUUUACAGUCAUAUCCAGACUGCUAACAAAAGCACACAUAUGACUGGUUUAUUAUGAAUGCAGUAAUAAUUCAGAAUUUAAAUUUUGGGUUCUAAAUUGCUGCAUAUGUCACAACUUUGAUAGCUACAGAAGUUUUAUUUUCAUCUUGACUAAAGAGAGCUGCAUGUUAUCUCUCUCUUAUAUAUGGUUAGUGUUACCCCGUGUGCGCAAGAUCUAAGCUAUAAAUCCAAGUUAAAUCUUUUUCAUCGUCUUCACACUACUACUGUUCUAAAAAUAGCACCUUUUGAAAGCAAUUUAAACUACUUUACUUUUUCUUCGAGGAUAAAAUAAAAUCACAUCAAUGUGCUGAAAUAGCAUAAAAUACCGUAAUGCAAUACAGCACAGUGUGAAACACAAAGAAAAACUUUAAGCCCUGUUUUAAGACAACAGUUAGUUCAUGCAGGUCUUGGGAUUUUGCUUUGUGUUGCAGGUGCUUCUCCUUGUUUAGCUUUGAAUCUGGGACAGGAAGUACAGCUGCCCUAGAUAAUGACUGAUGGAGUCAAAGAUGUGAGACCUUAAUGUGACAGCUUUGAUUCAGUCUGAGAGGCAAAGCCCAGGGUGGAAAGUAUUCAUAAAACACUUCCCCGCUUCUUGGAAAACUCAGAAAAAAAACUCAUGUGUCUGUAUCAGUAUUUUAUUCAUUCAAAUCUUCUGCCGUCUGGAUUUUAGACAGGAAGUUAAUCAACCCUUUUUAAUUUAAUUCUUACUAACUGAUGACCAACUGAAUCCAGUUACCUCCAGUGAUGCAAUACCUCCUGACGUUCUGAGCUGAGAGGGCAAUCGAAUGCACCGUUUAGCGGUUAAUUAUCACGUUUGGUAUACAUGAAGGAUAAAUAUGAUGAAUCUGAACUUCAAGGCUGGCAGCUCCUGAACUGGGACACCCCCCCACCUCAGAUCAUUUUAGUUUUACACUUCUAACAGUAUUUUGCAGGAAUUUGGUUUCAGGGGUUAAUUAAUAUUCUCGGAGAUUUCUCUCUGUGCCGUGCGCACCCAGAUUUAGUGUGCAGAAGCCGAAUUGAGGGCAUUGUCUAUUUGUCAAGAGGAAGAUCACUUUUAAAAUUGGCUUGUGAGAUGAAUUUUAGUGUUUUUAGUUUGAUUACACUAAGCAGGCUGCAACAUCAGUAAUUUACUAUUCCCAAUUCAGAGCUCUAGAUAGUAUUAUUACUGCUAUUGUUAUUAGUUGUGCUAUCUACACCAUAGUACUCUGUAUGAUUUUAACAAUAGUUGCUUAAGUCGGUGACUUCCUGUGAAGUUUUUUAAACAUGAUCGUAGAUUUUUUUUAAAAAAAAUCUUUAAGUUAAACACUCAGAUAUUUGUAGUUUUAGUCUUGGAGACUUUACUCGUGUGCUUCCACAUAUACCAGGCUCCACACUUUCGAUUUAUGAGCAUAAACACUGAAUUCUAAUAGUUUACUGUUGUCGAUUAGGUUUAGUAAAUGAAGAUACAGUAUUUAUCAGAGACAUACAGUACAUGCCGACUUCAUCUCUAUUUUCUUCUGAUCUUCUCGUAGUGUUACUCGAUCAUCUUCUCAGUCUUCAUCCUAAACGAAUGGAAAACAGUUGAUAGUUACAACAUGGUUGGAGCUCAAACCACUGUCUGAUUCAGCACUGCCAGAAGACUUACUGCCGUUAACCGAUAGCACACUACUACCGUAUAUGUAUGUUUCACACUUGAAAGGAAACUGAAGCUAUAGUAUUGUUGAACAAUCUGGCCCGAUAUUAAAGGCAUCUCAGGUGCGUGUGUGUGUGUGUGUGCUCGCGCGCGUGUGCUCGUGUGUGUGUGUGUGUGUUUGCCCAAGUGUUUGUGCCUGUGUGUAUCCUAUACUAUCUGACUACCAUGAAUCCAAAGCCUCUAACUGGCUGAGUCUAUGUUUACACGUGAAUGCAUGUACCUUGAACACAUCAAAAUAUAUCUGAAACAUGUAUGUAUUCUUAGCGUCGAGUCGUACGUGCUGCCUCGUGGUUUAAAGGACGAAGCAGAGUGUGAUUAAUGUGGCGAGAGGAUUUUAAAAGGUCGAAGCAGCUGGUAUUUAAGGGUUGUUAAAAAAAACUUUUUCAUUAUAGUUUCACUGCAGUAUGUUGGAUCAUCUGGGCUUAAAAGUCCAAGGAAGCCACAUUAAAAAGGACCACUGCAGCUGCUAUGGUUGUUUGCAGCUCUAAGCAAAUAAAUGCAAAGCUGUUUUUAUUUAUUUAUUUAUUUAUAUGCUGGCACCUCCCCAUACAGCUUCACCUGCUCACUCACAGCUUUCCCAGAAGUUUUCUGCAAGUUUUACAUAUAUGGAUUUACAUAAUGGAUAGAAAAGAUUUCAAAUAUUUACACCUGGACUCUUUACCCCUUGAAAGCUCACUAGCAGCAACCCUUAAAACUCUUUUCUGUCAUGUUUCAGGGCUGCUUAUAGAACAAAAUGACUGGGCGUAGGUUGUAUCUGCCUGUGUAGCUACCUGGGAGAACCUGGAAACUGUCUAUUUACAGUUUAUUUAACUUUCUGACAAAAGUUUUAAUUUGUAUCAUUUGUCAAAAAAACAAAACAAAAAACAGAAACACUGAUGAUCUCAAAAAUCUGACAAAAGCUCAUGUAUUAGAUAUGACACACUUAGCAUUACAGGGCUAAUAGUCGUCACAACAUCUUUACUGAUGUAUACUGAGGUGUGAAAACUGAUCAUUAAGGGCAGAGGGGAGGUCGUUAAAUCUUAACUUUAUGGUGGAAAGAGUUUGUACUUUAAUAAUACUUUAAUCUGCAAAAGUUUGCAUUUGGAGUUAAAUCCAUCACUGUGAUGAGCACUUAUGAAAUGCUGUUUAUUUGCCCGUGCAAGUGCAGUAGAUCACGAGGUAAUGCAUAAGGUGAGCGUUACCUUUAAAUGUUGAGGUCGACACAAAAACCUGGAUUCAGAUCCAAAUCGCAGCUCAGUUUUUCCUCUAUCGCUCAACGUGUUUUAAGGAUAAGCCGCUAACUUGUGGACAAAAACUGACAACCAGCACAAAACUGGACUGAAAACAAGUUGUUAUUUUAUGAUAUCACCUUGUUUGUGUAGCCACUGUUGCCUCAAGACACCUAAUAAUCAUUCUUCAUUCUAUACUGAAGGGUCCAAAAACAACACGAUGACACCAAACCUCAGAUAAAAGUGAUAAAAUAGUCUGAGGGUAACACAAUACUUUAUCAUUUUGUACAUUUGAGACCCUAGCAUGAAGGGAAGUGCGUUUGUCGCACAGUGGAUAUCUUAUUUAAAACUGAAACAGAGCUACUCUGGAGUAUUCGUGCUCUCAGUGUUUACUCGAGUCUCUGGGAUGAACCAAACAACUGAGAGAGUUUACAGUUUGUCUUGUAUCCAAGCCAGGUCUGGCUGCGGUGAGAUAAAGUAAAGGAUUUGAUGUGUGUCUUGUCUUGAUUACAGUAUGUGUCUCAUUCAGACAUACACCCCACCUGCCUUUAUAAAGAUCUUUAUAACAGCGUCCGCGAAGCCUUCGUGGACCCUCUGUAUAUUAUUUAUAGACGCUCUGUGAUUGUGGAGCUGCUGACUCUGUUCUCAGUCCUGCUGGUGUUUUCUUUCUGGUCCUACAGGACUGAUUAUAUUAUCUCACCCUUAUUCUAGUUUUCAUAUUGGUUAUUGUGUCCGUGGUGCUUUUUGUGCUGUGAUAAGCCGAUAUGAUGCCAACAAUGCUUUUAUCUUUUCUAUUUCUCUUGUAAUAAAAAAGCUUUUUUCAUGCA